AUGAUUUCAGGAAAUUUGAUUUUCCGGGUCGGAUAGUACCAACCCGAACUUGAAGCCCAUCAAAACUCCGAUCCAGCUUCUUUGUCCUGCUCGUUCUGCUUCUUCUUCUGACUGUGGGUGCAUAAACUAGGGUUUAGGUAACGCUUUUGAGUAAAACAAAGAAUGGCGUCGAAGACACUUGUCAGAAGUGGAGCUUCAUUGUUGAAUCGGCUAUCAAAAUCGCUUCUUCAUCCUCAAACUCAACCUCAGCUAUUCCCAUCCCUCUCUAGGUUCCCCGAUUCUCCCCAUUUUCCCAAAAACGACGCCGAAUCAACGAAGAAGUUUUUGGCCUCCGAAGGGUUCCUGUACCCAUGUGGCAUCCCCUCUCUCCGCUUCUUCUUACCUGAUGCAAGUGAUAUAUCCUAUGGGGAUAAUUCUUCCUCAGAAGAUCCAAUGCUUUUAUUCCCCAAAAGGACAUUUCAACCUAGCCUUAUCAAGCGAAAGAGGACUCAUGGAUAUUUUGCCCGGAAGGCAACCAAGGGUGGCAGAAAAGUAAUUGCUCGAAGAAUAGCCAAGGGUCGGUCAAGGAUUACAGCUUAGUAUCAUUGACUUUGGAGCUAAAGAUUCAAUGUAGAAACUUAAUGCAAUUCAUGAUAAGACCCAGUGAAACAAGAUGGAUUUUGUUACCUUAAGAGCUCCUCUUUGGGACAGGGAUGGGGUUCUGUGUACGGUCUGCUUUGAGCAAUUUUUCAGGCAACUACUGUGUAUGGAUAUGUUAAUUAAGAUACUGUUUGUCGUCUAUUUGAGAUUCUCGUCAGUUGCAAUAAUUUGUAACUCCAGUAUUAAUUGCAUGUCCACUACAGCAGAAUGAUCUAGUUUGGUGGGUGUAAUGAUCCUUGUUUCUUUGUCUCUGUUAUGAGUCCUAACUCCUAUGCUAAUUCAUAGGUAUAUAAGGAUUUUAUAAAUUAAGCUUAGAUUGAUGUAGCAAAAGAAGUUAAUGUCAGAC